AUGGAUGACGACGAAGUAACGUCUGCGUCUACAUUAGACGAGAUCAUGGCAAUGGGCGGAAGGCUGCCAUUCUCCAAAUCAGCUAAUGUAUUUGCGUACCGACGAUUGCCCCUUACGAGUGAACUGACUACACCCGAGAAAGAUCUGAACCAGAUGCAAGUCACACCCCCGGUCGAAACUGCAAUCCCCGUGAAAACGCCCCCUGUGGAAGAUGUACUAUCGGUUGCAAAGUCGUCAAAAGGCCCAGAGCCGAUAGACCGUGACUAUGUGUUCGCCCCUAGCGAUCCGAUCUCUACCGAGUCUCUUAGUGCAAUUUCGGAUGGAAGAUUAUAUGCUCCGAAGUCGAGCAUCGAAGCCAAACCGGAAGGCGUCACCAAGAAAGCACUGAGCAAGGCGCGUGCAAAGAAAACAAUGGAAGAGAGUACACAAGAUCCUAGCAGUGCUGGACUACGACGAUCCACAAGGAUACACAAGCAGGCAGCACGGAAUUGA